AUGUGGCGGCAGCAAAGCGUAGACUUGGCGGCGGUGGAAGCGCCAAAGCCCCGCAGCAAAGGCUUCCUGCAGCAGCAGCAGCAGCAGCAAAUCCCAAGGCAGCAGCGGACUUUGAAGCGCAGCAAAUGCAGCAGCAAGAGAAGCAGUCAUGUGCUGCUAGGCAGCCCCACAGCCAGGGAGACACAUGCAGUGGCGGCAGCACCCGAACCAAGAGAAGUCACCAGCAGCAACAGCAGCAGCAGCAAUUGCAGCGGCAGCAGCAGCAGCAACAGCAGCAGCAGUGAAACUGAAGACCAAGAGAUGCAGGCAUACAGACACAGACAGCAGCUUCGUACGCAGAAGGCGUCGCCGACUUGCUGCAGCUGUGCUGCUUUGCAGCCGCGCCAAGCAGCAGCAGCAGCCACUGCAAACGAUAGCAACAGCAGCAGCUUCUGCAAAUAA